ACAAUACUUGUCCAUGGGAAUUCACACUUACUGGGAAAAAUCAAACCUUAAUCGAUUUUCUCCCAUGAUGCAACGCCCAAAGGUCUCACAACAGAAGCAACAAUGGUCAGUGCAUCCUCAUUUCCCUGGGUCCCACCAGGCAGAAACAGCAAUCAAGGCAAAAGGAGGCAACAGUGGAGGUGGCAACAAAAGCUUCAUGGCCCAGAUCAUACCUGUGUAUGGAUUUGGAUUGUUCAUGUAUGUUCUAUACAUCCUCUUCAAGAUCUCAUCCAAAAGUGGCACCUCUAGUCCUAAAGGAAGGAAGAGAUGUAGAAGCACCAGAACCGGGAACGUGAAGCGGAAAAUUACUGAUUAUGAGCUGGCUCAGCUUCAAGAAAAACUGAAAGAGACUGAAGUGGCCAUGGAGAAAUUAGUUUUGAAAAUGGGAACUGCAUCAGACAAGAUUACCAGCGUUACUACUGAACAGGAAGAGAAGUUACUGAGACAUCUGAAGGAAAUCACCCGAGUCAUUAAGAAAGGGCAACUCUUUGAAGGCAUCAGCCCUGAGAAAGAAGCAGAGGAAUCUCCAUACAUGGAAGACUGGGAAGGUGGAGAAAAAUCAUUUAACACUUACAGUGGUCCUGAGGAAACAUGUCAGAAUUGCAAUGGAUCUGAAUAUAGUUUCCCACAUGACACCAACCCCAACAUUCCUGAGUCGAAUGAGCUUUCUGCAGAGGAAUUAGCAGAAGGAUUUGGCACAAGAGAAGAUGAUUGUUCCUCAAGUGAAACGAUGGAAGAUCAAAUGAGGCAAAGCAAAAUAUAUCAAACACUGGACCAUCAGCCAAGCACACAGGUUGGCAUGGGUAGCCAGAAUGACGGUGUUGAAGUGGAAGAAGUCCAGUGUGAAGGCUGCGAGUAUUUUAACCAAGAAAGUGAUGACCUAGCUAUUAUAGCAGAGAACUUUCUUGUCAGCUCUGAGGUUCAUGAAGUCAGUGCUGUUGAUGAUCAAAUCAGAGAUGAAUCUAUUAAGGACAUUUCGAUUGGUGAACAGCAGCAAGUAAUCAUAUGCAAAGAUGUGGACUGUCCUGAUGAACGCAAGGCUUUGACAAAAAAGGAGUUUAUAUGAAUUUUCAGAAGGCACUCAAAACUUCCAUGUAUGAGAAUAUUAGCUAAAAAUCAAAUCUUGUGGAAUUGAAGGCAAAGUAUUAUCCUGUUUACUUAGGUAGUAAAAGUUAGUCAGGUAUUAAAAGAUAGGAUUAACAGUAUAUAUCUGAAAUGGAAGAAAGUGACAAAUGGUGAUCUUAGAUAACGUAACAGAUAGCUGUCAGUCCAAGUUUGCUGAAGGCACAAUUAUAAUGACAUCAUAAGUAGGUAGAUAGCUCUGUAAAACUACCAAGAGCCAUUGAUGGAGGAAGUGAGCGGACAAAACUAUAGCAAUUAGAUUUCUUUACAGAUAAAUGUGAGGCCAUACAUUUUGAAUGAAAAAAGGAAAGAGCAGAAGCUGAGAGUCAGAUUGCAAAUGCCUAAAAAGUGCAAACUAAAAGCAAGAGUGGAGAUUUAACAAAAAUAUAAGCCGAGAGUUGGAAUGGAAUGGGUUGCAGCUGCCCAAAAGUGCAAUGACAUUACAGGACUAAAUAUUAUGAGGUCUGAGUUUUCUGGUGAAAUUUUUAUUUAAAUUAAUCACCUAUUAAGUAAUGCUAGCUUGAUUGAUUAAUCAAUACCUAUGUUAAUAUUUAAUUUGAAGGCCUCAAUUUUUCCAAAAACGUGAAUUUGGUUUUGAUAGUUUUGUGUACAGCUGUGACAUUAAUUCCAAUUUUUUUGAGGAGAUAUAUAUGUGCUGAGGCAGAAAUAUAUGAAAGCCUUAUUAGUUUGCAUUUAAAUACUACCACUCUGGAGGUUGAACCAGAUUGUUUGAACCUUUUUAACUCUGAGAUGAGUUGCCAACCAUAGGUAUGAUCGAUCACUUAAGAAUGAUUUCUUUCACCUCUGUAAUGCAAUUUUUCUUUGACAGUGUAGAAUAGUCUCCUGUACAGACUCUUUGUUACUUUGAUGCUUGACUAUUCCAGUGCUGAAAAAUGUGUUGCUGGAAAAGCGCAGCAAGUCAGGCAGCAUCCAAGGAGCAGGAGAAUCGACGUUUCGGGCAUAAGCCCUUCUUCAGGAAUUAUGAACCAGUGAUGCUUGACUAUUCCAGAGCUCACCUGGCCAGAAUUCAUUUUCCACAUUAUAUCAAUUUCAAUUCACGCAAAGCUCUAUGUCCAUACUCUAAUUUGCAACAAGUUUAUUCACCUGCCACCCACUGUAUUCACUAGUUCAUAAUACAGCAACACAUUAAAACUUCUCAUUCUACAUUACAUAUUUCUCCAUAGAUUUGCCCUUGUAUAUCUCCAGCUAUACAACUCCUUGAAAUUUCAGUGGGCCUCUAACUCUGGUCUCGUGUGUAUCUUUGACUUUAAGCAUUUCACCAUUGCCAGCAUGGCUUCAGACUCUGAGGUCCUUUGCUCUAAAUUAAAGAAUCUCAAACUACUUCCAGUAUGAUCCCAUUUUAACAUUUCAAAAUUACUGCAAAUCUCAGACAUCAACAAAAACAAAGAUGGCAAUAAAGCUGGACAGUAACAUUUUGUAUAUUAGAGUUUGCAUAUUAUAGAUAAGCAUUUAAUACGCAACAUAUAAAUAUGAAAAUCUGUUGCUAAAGCAUGUUGUAAAAACAUUACUUAUGAUUUACCAGUUCACUGUUUCAUUUGAGCUACGACAGGCCAUAUACUCAAGGAGAGAGAGCAGAAAUGCAGCUUGAGGGUCAGGAGGUGGCUGAUGUUGGGGCUGCGGCUUUCUGUAAUGGCAGGUAACAAAAUUGGGUUUAGACAGGCAGCAGUUCAGUAUUUCUAUUAAAUUCCUGAUUGGAACAGGACCAGACUCUGUAGAAAUUAGAAAACUCUUUAACAAGGAUAGAAUGCAACAUACAACAAUUACUAAAUAAAUCCGAAAGAACUGCGGGUGCUGCAGAAGCUCAGCAUGUCUGGCAGCAGGUGUGGAGGAAAUCAGAGUUAUACAUUUCGGGUCUGGUGACCCUUCUUCAGAACUGAUGGCAGCUAGGGAAAAGUUGCUUUUUGUGCAGCGGUUGGGGGGGGGGCAAGGGGUUUAAGGAGUAAAUUGAUAGGUGGAGAUUGAGCCCAAAUAGAGAGAAGAACAGUUGGACAGGCAAAGAAGUAGAUAACAAUUAGCCCAGGGGAAUGAAUAGCUGCUAAUGGGAACUAUUAGUGGCUAACAAAGGGUUGUGUGUAAUGGCAGACCAGGUGAUAACAGGGCCUGAUGUGUGGGGUAAGGACAUAGGAGAAAGUGACUCAAGCCCUAAAAUUGUUGAACUCCAUAUUGAGUCCAGAAGGCUGU